AUGGACCGUCAGCGCUGUCUUUUCCCUUCAGUAGGCGUCGACUCGCAUGAGACGAUGCUGCCACAGCAACCGGACGGGCAGCAGCCCUCGUCAUCUUCGUGCCCGCCACCACCAAGACAGCCGACGACGCAGCGGCUGUGCGCGCAUGCCGCUGGUGUGCUUGUCUUCCAUGUCCUCACCUCCGCCCUGCAGGAGAUGAUCUUUCACCUGCCCGGCUUUACGAAUUUAUUACUCCUCUCGUGCGGGGAGACAUUCUGCACGACAGUGCUCGUGGGGCUGCUCCUUGUGUGGGGCUGGUACCACCAGCUGCCUCGGCGAGCCGCGUCUGAGCACCAAGGCCCACAUGGCCGAUCGGCGGCGACGGCACUGGGGGCGGAGACGGCGGAGGCGACGCCGCAUAAGCCGCUCUCGAAUCCAGUUCAUGGGAUGGAUGGCAGCAGCAACAAGCAGGGGUGGUGGUGCCUUGGCGAUGCAGUGGACCAUGCACCAGGUGCCGUCUGCGCCGCUGGACACCUACCUCACGGGCAAGAGCGCUCACGCCCGCACGGCGACGGCCGAGGGGCGCCCACGAGCGUGGUGGACGCCGUACCCGUCGCGGUAGCUGUAGACCGUGGCAAGGGGUCGGCGCUCACUCCAGGUGCGGCGCACGACUCUGUAUCCGCGAGCGGAGCCUCAUGGCGCUCGACGAUCUGCCGCGUGUUCCAUCCGUCCACCGUUGCUACUCACUGGUACGUGCGCAUUGCUGUGCUCCUGUCGUGUAGCCUGUACCUCACAAACUGCACGUCCUUCUUCCUCAGUUACCCCCUGCAAGUAAUCUUCAAGUCGAGCAAGCUGCUCUGCAUGGUCGUGGUGCACCGCUGGUGGAUGCGCGACAGCCACGAGGCAGCUGCCGCAGGCUCGGAAAAUGAGACAGACUCGGACGACGACGCGGACAGUGCUGUCCAUCGCUGGAGCGCCGUCGCUGCGCCAGAUCGAUGCGGUGGCGCAUCCAGUGAGGGCGGCGGCUCUGAGCGGUUAGCGCACGACAAGGCCCCCGACACGGGCGAGCGUCACCUGCGCGAUGAGUCGCAGCGACGUGGGCACGGCUGCUCCUCUUCGUCGCCACCGACAGACUUUUCGACUGUCGUCGUCGAUGUAUCGCCCGCAGCGGGGCGGACGCUCGCAUUUUCGCACCCUCUUGAGGAUGACCAGCGGCGAUCGUGGUGGAGUGCACGUCGCAGCAGCAGCAGCAGCAGCAGCAGCGGCUCGCGCAGGCGUUCGUGGUGGUGGCCGCGCUUCUGGUGCCAGCAUGCCAUCGAUGACGUGUCGCGAUGGUGCACAUCGGGAAGAUGGGCGUGCGCCUGCGCGUGUGCCUCCUCUCUCGCGCAGCGUUAUGCUUUCCGAUCAGCCACGUCGGCCAUCGAUGAACGGGGCCACGUCCCGGCUGCCACGGGCCUGCGCCAGCCCGUGUCGGACAACGGCGGUGGUGAUGGCGGCCUCUCUGCGUUCGAGAUGGUACGCGUUGCGGGCGCAAGGCUUGUGUGGCGGCUGCGACGCCUCCUGCGAGACACGGAGGUCAUGGCGUGCGUCGUCAUCGUCGCUGGGCUGAUUUCGUUCACUUACGCCUUUCAACGGGACCUGCACGCCGCUGCAGAGGGCAGCGGCUCCGACGAACGCCCGGCCGCGCUGGCCAAGGCGGCGCCGGCGGAGGUGGCGGCAGAGCGACACCCUCUCGCCGAGCGGCCGCGAACGCACGCGCCCGCCUCUCUCAUAGGUCGAUAUGAUGUCGCUGUCGAUGCAGCUGCGGCUGCCAACCUCAGGGACAGCCGGUGCAUCGCCACUGGGCUGGCGCAGGCGGGCGCGUCACUGCCGCUGCCGCUAUCGUCUCCCUUCGCUUUGCCGCCUCUUUCCCCGCUGCAGUCGGUGGCCGCAGAGGUUUCCCGCCUCUCGGCUCUUUGGAUAGUGACACUGAUCGGCGUGGCCGGCGUUCUGACGUCGAACGCCCUCGACUGCAUCAUCUACGUGCUGGAGGAGGUUCAUUGCUUUCACGCAACGGCAGGGUCGUCACGCAGGUCGAAUCGAGCAGCACCCAGGCAGGAGCGCGCAGCAGGGGAAACGGCGCGCCCGCUGGCGGACGUGCAACGUGGGGCAGUGCUGCUGCCGCACCACACAUCCCAUCGACAACAUUCUUUGCCGCCUUGCCCGCCGAUGUUGUCGUGUCGCACACAGGCUUCAGUACCGCCAUCAUCGGAGCGGCCCACGGCAGCGCCCACAGCGUCGGCGACAGAGCCGCCGACGCGGAUACCGGCUUCGCCACAAGAGUUACUCUUCAUGGUGAACGGCAUCGCCACGUUUCUCUACGCCGGUGGCCUCAGCGCCUUGUGGCUGUGCAACCGUUUUCUGUUCUUCCUGUGGACCUUUACGGGCCCCAAUGCGAUGUCCACCGCGGUCGAGGCCGAUGGUGGCGUUGUCGGCGCUCUGGCCACUGCGGAGGCUCGCCAGCUGGCCGCAUGCGAGAGUUUCUUGGCCACAUCACGGCGCACUGGUCAUGGCGCGCUGCCUGUAGAGGGCGCCGCAUUGAUGGCUCGCCGACCCCAGCUGCAGCGGCUCGCAGCCCUUUCCACGGGGCCGCCAUGGGGGGCGCCGUCUGCACCGCCGCCGCCGUCGUCGACCGAACCUUUCUCUCUCUCCCUACUCCUCCUUCUCAUCGCGUUGGCGUCCGUGACGAGCUUGAUGGGCACGCUGUGCCUGCUGCGCAUUGUUGCUGAGUUCACUGGCGUGAUGGCCGUCAUUGUGACAAGCGUGCGCAAGGCACUGACGAUCUUGCUGAGCUUUCUCCUGUACGGUCGCCGCUUCAGCCUGCUGCAUGGGGUCGGGAUGGUGGGGGUGAUGGGUGGUGUUGUCUGGUACGAGUUGCAGCGGCGUCGACGAUGUGGCGUGUAA